ACAAUUUCAACUCCAAGCAAAAGUGCAACGAAUCAACCAUAACCGGCUUGGGUAAUAACUCUUUCGACGAAACUAAAAUUGCGUCGAUUUUUAUUGUGUGAAAAAAUGAGUGACUUUUAGUCUGACAUAACAAAAAAAAAAGUGCGAUAGUACAAAAUUAGGUUUAACCAAAAAAUUCCGUAACAAUGACGGUUAAGCAUCCCGGAGCAGGUGUUGGCAGUGGACCAUCUACCAUUCGACCGCCGUCGCAUUUCUCCCUCAGCAGUUCCCACCAGCGCAGUUCCAUGAUGUCGUCCAGUGCAUCGUUGGAGGCGGCGAGCGAGAGCAAACGACGCUCGAUUCUCAUUCUCUCGCUGCUCGCGGCAUGUGCGUUUCUCUUCGUGCUCUGCCUUUGUCUGCUGAGUGCGCUGGUGCUGGUCGGCAAGAGUCUGUCGGCACAAUCUUCGCCGCCAUUGUUCUCGUCGUAUCUCACCGCGAAUCACCAUCAAACGUCACCUACUAGUAGUGACCGCAAGCAGGGAAAAAGCAUCGAUCAUUUUAAUCGGCCGAAUCUGUUCGGUGAAGAUAAGGGGACAUUCGACCGGGCCGACGAAGAGCCGGUUAGUGGAGAUAAUAGGACUGCCAUAUUUUUACCAAAUUCAGUGUACUCGGGAACGACGGAUGGAAUGAACGUGCUUAAGAUGGGUUCGAAAGUGUUGGAAAAGUUAACCUUCCGCUUGCCGCGGCACGUAAAGCCUCGUCACUAUGACUUGAAGAUGUUUCCGGAUCUGGAACAGCAGAUUUUUACCGGGCAAGUUGGAAUCGAUAUCAGCGUAAGUGAACCGACGGACUAUAUCGUGCUGCAUAGCAAGCAACUAGCGAUUACCGAUACGCUGCUGAAGAAGAAGUUGCCGGAUCGUACGGAGGAGCCGGUGAAGGUGAAGCAGGCUUUUGAGUACGAGCCCCACCAGUAUUGGGUGAUCGAAACGGAGGGCAUCGAGUCCGGGGAGUACCGGUUGAGUAUGAACUUUAGUGGCAGUUUGGCGAACCGGAUCGUUGGAUUCUAUAGCAGCACGUACAAGGACAAAGGCAGCAAUAAGACCAGAAAAAUUGCCACCUCGAAAUUCGAGCCAACAUUCGCCCGGCAGGCGUUCCCAUGUUUCGAUGAACCUCAGCUGAAGGCAACCUACGCCAUCCGCUUGGUACACCCCAACACCAACGGUUACCAUGCCCUGUCCAAUAUGGACGUCGCUGAAGUCCUUCCAAAUAACCCGUUGGCAGGAUUCAGUACCACCGUGUUCAAUCCCAGCGUACCGAUGAGUACCUAUCUGGUGGUGUUCAUCGUGAGUGACUUCCUAGAGGAAGUCGUACAAAUUACACCUAACCUGGGAAAACCAUUUAUGCUACGAGUGUUUGCCACACCGUUCCAAGUUCAGAAUGUCCGCUUCGCUCGCGAUACUGCCGAACUGGUGAUUCAGCAUUACAUCGAUUACUUCAACAUUGAGUACCCACUGCCAAAGCUGGACAUGGCUGCCAUUCCGGACUUCGUAUCCGGAGCGAUGGAAACCUGGGGAUUGGUUACCUACCGGGAGACAAGCAUUCUGUACAAUGAGACGACCAGCUCCACGGCUAAUAAGCAGCGGGUUGCGGAGGUUAUUGCCCACGAGCUGGCACACAUGUGGUUCGGCAAUCUGGUAACGAUGAAGUGGUGGAACGAGCUGUGGUUGAACGAAGGUUUCGCUAGCUAUAUCGAGUACAAGGGAGUGGACCAUGCCUAUCCGGAGUGGGGUAUUAUGGAGCAGUUUGCUCUGGAUAACCUCCAUGGAGUGCUGAAUCUGGAUGCUACGCUUGGCUCGCAUCCCAUUGUAGUAAAGGUGGAAAGUCCGAACCAGAUCACGGAGAUUUUCGAUACGAUUACGUACUCCAAGGGGGCUUCCGUGAUUCGAAUGCUGGAGGACUUUGUCAGUGAACCGAUUUUCAAACAAGGAGUAACUGCAUAUCUUAACAAACUGCGGUAUGGAAACGGCGAAUCCAAGGAUCUCAUGGAUGAGUUGGAUAAUUUGUUCAGCGAUACAAUGGAACCGACGGCUACUGUCACGCGGGUAAUGGAUACCUUUACGAAGCAGAAAGGUUUCCCAGUUAUCACAGUGGAACGAGUUGGUAAUCAGUAUCGACUGAGACAGUCGAGAUUCCUCGCAGAUCCAGCAGCUAAUGAAACAGAGGUUUCCGAGUUCGACUACAAGUGGUACGUUCCUUUGACCUACGCUUUGUCCACUAACCCGACCGAAUUCAAACGUAAAUGGUUCCCCAAUACGGUACCCAUAGUCUACAUCGAUGCCCCUACCGAGCCGAUCAGUUGGAUCAAAUUGAAUCACAAUCAGGUCGGCUACUAUAGAGUCAACUAUCCGGAUAAUCUGUGGCAGACGUUUGGAGAGCUACUGGUCGAAAAUGUGACUUCCUUCAGCAUCGGCGACCGUACCGGAUUACUGAAUGAUGCUUUCGCGUUGGCGGAUGCUUCACAUUUGAGGUACGAUUUGGCACUGGGACUGACCAAGUUCUUGGUUCACGAUACGGAAUAUGUUCUGUGGGCGGCUGCAUCGAGCAAAAUGAAGACCAUCCGUAAUCUGAUCUACGAUUAUCCUUCCUACGAUGAUAUCAUUCUCUACGUUCGUAAGCUUGUCGAACAAGCUUACACUGCCGUCGGUUGGGAAGUCACCGGAGAUGAUCUCAUGAAGAAUCGUCUUCGUACGACCGUUCUGGACUUGGCUUGCUCCUUUGGUCACGAAGAUUGCCUCAGCAAAGCCUACACACAUUUCCGUGAUUGGUUGGACAACGACGUUGACAUCCACCCUGACAUUCGUACCGUUGUCUACUACUACGGAAUACAGCGGUCCGCCAACAUCACUGAUUGGGAAAAGGUCAAGGAUCGUUUCCGCGCUGAAAUUGACGCCAACGAGAAAGCGAAACUGAUGAGCGCUCUGGCUGCCUUCCCGGAUGCGAAGGUCCUGCGCCGUCUACUGGAUGAUGCGUGGGAUAAUCAGCUGGUUCGCGAACAGGACCAUCUGACCUGCAUUCAGAACGUCGCUGCUAACAAGCACGGCGAACAGGUUGCAUGGGAUCACGUUCGGCUCAACUGGGAAAGACUGAUCGAUCGAUACUCACUGGGGGAGAGGAACCUCGGUCGCAUGAUUCCUUCCAUUACGGGCCGCUUCUCGUCGUCUGUGAGGCUGAUGGAGCUGGAGGACUUCUUCCGACGCUACCCGGACGCGGGUGCUGGCGUAUCAGCAAGAGUCCAAGCUCUGGAAAACAUUUCUAAUAAUAUCAAGUGGUUGGAUCGCAAUGAGAAGAUCGUAGCCGAGUGGCUGCGGAACGAGGUUAAUUGAUGUGGUUAUCUGUAUGCU